CUCCUCAUACCUAUCAACCACAUUUUCUACGUACUUCUAAAGAUGAGCUGUUUACCAACUCUUCAAUUUGUUUGCCUCCUUUUAUUCAUUCUCAACUUUCCAACUACUCUUUCCUCCCCUAUAUCUGCUCUUCUCUCUAAUAGAACGUGCUCAACUAGGGAGAGUGCAAUUCUUCUUCAAUUCAAGAAUGCCAUUUCCGUUAGUCAUGAUGAAUUUGAUCCUUGUAGGGAUGGUGCAUCUGGUGUUGCAUCUUAUCCUAAGACAAAUUCAUGGAAGGAGGGUACAGACUGUUGCUCUUGGGAUGGGGUAACUUGUGACAAAGUUACUAGCCAUGUAAUUGGUCUUGAUCUCAGUUGCAACUGGCUUUCUGGUAUCUUCCCUUCCAAUGACAGUUUCUUCACCCUUUCAAACUUGCAAAGCCUCAACCUUGCCUAUAAUAACUUUCAAAACUCUAAGCUUUCGUCAAUGUUUGGCCAAUUUGCAAGUUUAACGUAUCUUAACCUCUCAAAUUCUGGGUUCUCCGGGCAAGUCCCAUAUGAAAUCUCCCAAUUAAACAAACUACUUUCCCUUGAUCUCUCCUCUUAUAUGUUCACACUGGCAACACAUACAUUGAGAGGACUUGUCAACAACCUAACAGAGGUAAGAAAACUUUUCCUUGAUGACCUGUUUGCUAAGCUCAAAAAUCUCCAAUUUCUUGAUCUUUCACAAAAUAUUGAUUUGUCAUUCAUCUCCACCAUCAAUGUCACUUACUCCUUGCCUAAUCUUACAAACUUGAUUCUGUCUUCGUGCAACAUCUCCCAAAUUCCUAAGUUCCUAAGAGGCUUAGAAGGUUUGAAAGGAUUAGACCUUUCUAGCAAUAAGAUUCAAGACAUUCCUGAGUGGAUGUGGGAAGUUGGAAAGGACACUUUGGAUUACUUGAAUCUCUCUCACAACUUCAUAAUGUGUAUAGAGCAGCUUCCUUGGAAAAGCAUUGAGAUUCUUGAUCUCAGCUUUAACUUGAUUGAAGGGCCUCUUCCAGUUCCACCUCCUAUUGUCCAUUUCUAUUCAAUCUCAAAUAAUAGUUUGAUAGGAAAGAUUCCUUCUUUGAUUUGUAGGACAAGUCAAGUUGUAGUUCUUGAUUUGUCUUACAACAGCUUGAGUGGAACAAUUCCAUCAUGCCUUGCAAAGAUGAGCCAUCUUGAAGUGUUGAAUCUAAGGAUGAACAAGUUAAGAGGAAUGCUCCCUAAAACUUUUGCAAAAGGUUGUAAUUUGAAGAAUCUUAACUUGAAUGCUAAUCAUCUCGGAGGUUUGAUGCCACGAGCAAUUGUCAAUUGCAAAGAUAUGGAAGUGCUAGAUCUUGGCAACAACAGCUUUUAUGGUAGAUUUCCUCACUGGUUGGGAACUCUUCCACUGCUGCAAGUUCUUGUUUUAAGGUCAAAUAAGCUCUAUGGGUUUGUAAGAGAUUCAAAGACCAACAAUUCUUUUCCCAAGCUGCGAAUUUUUGAUGUCUCCAACAAUCAUUUUUCGGGUCCAAUUCCAACUAGGUGCUUCAAAAAUUUAAAAGCCAUGCUGACUUGCAAGAAUGGUAGAAGUGAUGUGCAGUACAUGGGAGCAUAUUUACCAUUUGGUACCUUCUAUGAGUAUUCUGUUAGUUUGGUCGAAAAAGGAUUAAAGAUGGAACUGCCUAAAAUAAUAACCAUACUUGCGGUUAUUGAUCUGUCAAACAACAAGUUUGAAGGAGAGAUUCCAAAAGUUAUUGGAACACUUUGUUCUCUUCAAGGACUAAACCUUUCUCAUAAUAGGCUCAAUGGUCAUAUUCCACAGGCAAUUGGAAAUUUGGCCAAUCUUGAAUGGUUAGACCUCUCUUCAAAUUACUUGGUAGGGGAGAUUCCAGGAGAAUUGGUAAAUCUAACAUGGCUUUCUAUCUUGAACCUUUCUAACAAUCAGUUGGUUGGACCCAUACCUCAAGGCAAACAAUUCAACACAUUUGAAAACAGUUCAUACGAGGGAAACUUGGGGCUUUGUGGAUUACCUUUGUCAAAAGCUUGCAGCAAAAGCAAGAUUGAACAACCAUCAAGCUCUUUCCAAGAAAAAGAUGAGCUAUAUGGGUUUGGUUGGAAAGUAGUAUUGCUGGGAUAUGGAUGUGGAUUAGCAUUUGGAUUGUUCGUGGGAUGUCUUGUCUUUUGGACAGGGAAACCGAAAUGGUUUGUAACUUUAGUUGAUGGUAUACAAAAUCGAAGGACAAGAAAGCCGAAGAAAUCUCAAAGACGUGUUUGAAGAAGGAACUAGCUGCAGAGACAAAUGAUGCUACUUUUCAUUUCGUUUAGUUUCACUGCUUUUUAUGUUUUGCUUUAGUUUUCCUUUUCCCUUUCUUGUAACAAGCUUUUUACUAUGUACCCUGUAUUAUAUAUUUUCAGCUUCACUUCUUGUUAUACGAAUGGUAAUUUUAAUUAUCCUAUUGUCAUUGGAAUGUCUCUAUUUAAUUUAUUGCUGUUUCUUUGCAUGUCAACUUGAAUUUGCAAUUAAUCUUUGAAAAGAAU